AUGGAGGCGACUCUCGGUACAGCGUCGAGGCGCGCGGAGGAGACAAGUUCCUGCGGGAAGUUGCUGGUUCGGGCGCACUUUCAAAUUCCCAAGGCGAUUGAGUUGGCCGAGAAAGGCGCGCUGAUUAAAGCGGGCUGGAAAGUCGCGUUUGCGCGGUCGCUUGUCGAGGAGUGCCUUAACGCGGAUCCACACUCGUCGGUGGCAGAGCUCGCGGAGGCGGCGCGGACAGCAGCAAACCUGUUGAUGCCGGACCUGAAGAAAAACGACAACGCCAACUGGCAGCGGAUCCAAUGGCUGAAAGAUCGCCAGGUAGACCCGAUCGACACCAAGGGCGAAGCAGAGCCGUUGGAUCCUCUGGAGAUCGACUACUGCGAGAAAUUCUCGGAAGUCGACAGCAACAAUGUGAAGAUUCGGGUGGACACGUCAACCCCUUGCCGUGAGUCGCGGGUACUGUGUGGGGUCUGUGGUAAUACCGUUGGCUAUGAUGACAUGGCUUACGAGACGACGGGAAUGAGACGUGCAGUACCCGUCAGGCAGCUUGUCGUUUUUGCCGCCUCGAGUUCUGAGUUUCUUUGCCCCUCCGCCGCUCAGCCUCCCCUUUACCCCCCACCACUGGCGGAAGCCGCAUGCGCUCGGACGUGCAGCGGAAGCCGCGUGCGCACAGACGUGCAGUACCCGUCGGGCAUCUUCAGCGCGCGGAUCAAGUGCCCCAAAGGGGACAUCAGCGGCCUGGUGCAGUCCUAUUAUUUAUCCUCGUUAGAAGGCAGCCGGGAUCAGGACGAGAUCGAUUUCGAGUUCCUGGGAAAGGACAAGUGGCAGGUGCAGACAAACUACUACGUGGACGGCAAGGGCGGGCGGGAGGUUUUGAUUCCGUUAGGGUUCGACUGCUCGUCGGACUUCCACGAAUACGCCAUGUUCUGGAACGAGAAUCAAAUCAUAUGGCAGAUUGAUGGAAAGGUGGUGCGCGUGGCGAAGCGCAAGGAUGGAGAGCCGUACCCAGUGAAACCCAUGUACACGUAUGCAUCCAUCUGGGAUGCGAGCUAUGUGCUCGACGGGCGAUGGUCGGGCGACUGGCGUGGCUGGAACGAACCCUACAUCGGCGAGUAUGAGGACUUGAAGGUGGUCUCCCCCGCACCCGACGUCUCCUGGUAG